AUUGAUACAGCAUACAUUGAAGACUUUGGAUUUUACCAUUAUUACAUGAUAUAUAUAGUGAAUUUAGCCAGAUGUGAGUGCUAGUACUGUGAAGUUAUGUAAUUAGAUACCAGAUACUACAUACCAUUGAGCAAUGAAGGUGAAGAUGAACCCAGUACUACCAUUCCUAAGUAGAUAUAAACCUAUCCAGCUGUAUAGCCACACAGACAUUGAUCCAACAUGUAUCAGUACAGCGAGUAAACUUCCGUCCAAUGGCCUCGCCCCCAUUGAUGAAGACGAUGAUGUCUUCGUAGAAAAAGGAUCCACUAAGGACCGAAAGAAGAUGAAGCUAUUUUCGAAGAGAAAACCAGCAUCGUUUAUUUCUGGGUUAAGCUUUCGUAAAAACAAGAAGUUAUCUCACUACAACAAGGGAAUAGGGCCUCUGUCUGAAGACAGUCUACUGGUGACACCAUGCGAUGGUGACAGUGCAAGUAUCAGGAGCAGUGUGUCAAGUUUGGAGGAACAGCUGUCUGAUCAGCGUACAGACAGUGUAGAUAGUGGAAUCGACUGUCUCCACCCAGCGUUUAUGUCGGGAGCAAAUCUUUCGUGUGGAAAAAGAACUUCUGCAGCAUCCCCGCUUUCGUCUACAUCAUCCCUCCCGUCAGCAUCAACAUCGAAACUAGCAAGUGAUCAGCCAUCGAAUCCUAAGAUGCAGAAACGUCAUUCCCAAAGCAAUGUUAUUUACCAUUCCCAUAGCAACACAGGUCAAAGGUCACGAGGUAAAGGUAGGGCUCCUAUAGCUUCACCCGAGGACGAUUCUUUGUUGGAUAAUCCUGAGCAGGAUUAUGAUUCAGACUCUGAUACAGAUCUUCGCUCUCCUCCUCGCAAGUCUGACGUUUCUGUAAAGGACAGUAACUGUGCACACAAUAGCUCUGCCUCUUCGUUCCACACCCUCAGUGACUGCUCUUCAUGUGAUUAUGAUACAGACAGUGAUUCAGAGUCGUCGUCUUCUUGUAGCUCUGAUGGACGGCAUUGUUGCUUGGAUAGGUCCACAGAGUCGGACAGUGAUACAGACUCCGAUACCAGCCAAUGCUCUGCAUAUUAUGUUCCCCCCAAGUGCUAUACUGAUUCCUUUUCAUCCCAGGGUGGUUCUUUGACUGGGCGACAAGAACGCAUCCCUGUCAGUAAAGGAAGCAAGUUACCUUUUAAUUCUGUACAUACAAAUUGUGUAAAUACCAGCAAGAGUGUUGCAAAACAAGACAGUUUUACAAAUCAUAGAUCUCGGACUGAAAAGGCACCGCUUUCCUUCUUGCGCAGACGGAAAGACAAGAAGUCCUCCAAAGCUAGUAAAAAAGCUGAAAAGUCUUUUAACAUUAGUCAAAUUGGUGAAAAGUUGUUCAACAGUAGCCGGAUGGAGGGCAAGCUAACCAACAAAAGUUGGACAGAGGACAAAACUUACAACAAUAAAAGGAAAUCUACUGGUGAAAAGUUGUUCAACAGUAGUUACACCUUCAAUACUAGUCAAACAGAGAAUAAGUCUAUCAACAGCAGCAGUAGAUCAUUGAACAGCAGUAGUCUUUCUAGAAACAGUACUGGUCGGGAUGUUAGCAGAAAUGGCCGAUCGUUGAACGGCAGUAGUCUAUCUAGAAACAGUACUGGUCGGGAUGUUAACAGAAAUGGUCAAUCUUUGAACAGCAGUAGUAGAUCGUUGAACAGUAGUAGAACUUUGGACGUCAGUGGUCGAUCAUUGAACAACAGUGGUAGAUCGUUAAACAGCAGUAGUAGAACUUUGGAUGUCAGUGGUCGAUCAUUGAACAGCAGUAGUAGAUCGUUGAACAGUAGUAGAACUUUGGACGUCAGUGGUCGAUCAUUGAACAGCAGUAGUAGAACUUUGGAUGUCGGUGGUCGAUCAUUUAACACCAGUAGUAGAACUUUGGAUGUCGGUGGUCGAUCAUUGAACAGCAGUAGUAGAUCGUUGAACAGCAGUGGUCAUAGUAGGAAGAGUAGAAGUCAGUCCAUGAAUGAUGGCAGGUUAGUGAAAAGCAGUGGAAAUAGUGUUGUGAUGGAAAAUCCUCAUGUGCUGGUCAACCCUAGUCCAAAGUAUGUUACAAGUCAAGCUGACCACAGCAUCACAGCGACACCUGUCAGAGAGUCCACAUCUAAUCUGACGGUCAACAGUCGCAGUGCGUUUAGUCGUUGGAACACGCCAGGCUCUUUGCCACGGACACGUAUAUCCUACGUUGAUGGAGGCAAUUUUGACUUAACCUCGGAGGAACCUAUUUACCAUGAGAUUGACGAUAUAAACGUGACAGACAGUGUCUCUGACCAUUAUGUAAAUAUGAGAAACACAAAUGAUGCUCAGAUGUCCAGUUUUGGAUAUGUACAGAUGUGUGCAGCGAGAAACAUGGAACCAGUUUCCGGGGAUCUUAGUCAAACAAUGAGCAGCAGUGAUGAUGGACUUUAUGUUCAGAAUGAAUCUAGUCAAAGGUCAGAUGUAUUGGACAGUUCAGUUCAUGUUUGUGAUCAACAGGUUUGUGAUCAACAUAGUCAGCUUCCCCUAAACACUUGUGAUAAUAAUAAUGAUAACUUUGCCGACUUGAAGGAUUCACCAAAUAUAACAUUACCGCUAGACACAUCAAAGAGUAUCGUUGAUGUCCGCCGUGCCAUGAAAAAGACUGCAUUCUGGGUAGAAAAUGCUACAUACGAUAGCACAUGUGGGUCAGAGGAUGGGUCCCCUUCCUCGCUCCUGAAGGACAAGAAAACAGUGAGCGAAAUGGACCUGUGUAAUCAGAUUAUAGAUAUUUACUUUGGUGAAGACAGUGAUUCGUCUUUGUCUUCGUCCUGCCUGGAGAAUUCUCUUGACCAGGAUUCCUCCCUGUCUUUUGGUACCGAUGAGAACGCCUCUCCUGACGAAUUUACGACAGUGCUGACAAGUCCCCAGACCAUUGAGACCAAUGUUGACGACUACUCGGUGGCGACCUUUGUAUCGGAGCCUUAUCAAACAUCUAAGGCAAGGACAAGAAAGAUCAGAAAUGAUGGUGAUGACCUUGAUGAUGGUGCACAACAAGACCAGAAGGUCAGGACUGCAGACACAAUCAACACAAAGCAUCGUCAACUUGAAAACACUAUCCUCAAAGAAAAGAUUGAAAAUAUCAAAACACCAAAGAAGUCAGAAAAGACGAAAUCUGCUGAAGCUACAAGUGUCUCCAGGGUGUUCUGUGAUAGCCGACCUCCAUCACUACUGUCAGAACAUGAGGUUGACACCAUUACAAAGCUACACACUAUCUGUAAUAGCCAGAGGAAAGUGAGCUACGUGGAUGUCUCCAAGGCCGGAAUGGUCAUCAAACAUUUCCCUCCUCCCAAGCAUGCGUCCCGCCUCAGUUGGUGUGACCAGCUGACUAAUGCUGAUCUAAAUCACCACACGCCCACCACUUCUCCUGCCAAAAGGUCCAUUCUUCACCAGCGUCCACAGAGUUUUAUUUUCCCAUAUGUUGAAGAUGAGCCAUCCCCAAUUGUGAUAACACGUGUAAGACGAAGCAAGUCGUCAAGGAGGAAGGAAUGGCCAUGGUAACAAUGUAAAUCAAGGUCGCAUCAGGAGGUCAAGGUCACCGUUUUACAUUCAGAAAUACCUAGAGCUGGGAUUUCAGGUUCUUAAAGUCGAAGAAAAGGAUGAUCAUGUACCAGAACAAGCACCUGUACACGCGACACACUAAACUUGGCAGAACGGCUCAGUAACUGGUCAAUGAUUUGGUACUCCUUCUACACAUGUUUUGUGAUUUCGCUGUAAAUGAAGGAGUCCAUUUCUGGAUCUGGUGCUUUUAGCAAGUCUUUUGGCUGAAAUCUGCUCUUGUAAUGAGAAAAGUCAAUCAUUAAGAAAGAUAGGCGAGACCUCAUUCUUCGUAUUUACAUAUCAGUUACAAAAUACUGAAAUGCUAGCAGAGCUCAAUCCACCAUGACCUUUGACCUCAGACCUAUUUGGUUGGUGAGGGUAACUGGGGACAUAUUGUGCAGUAUUACUACUACCCGUCGAGCUUACAUCAUCGAGCUGGCUUUAUUAAGUUAUGUUUUUGUUAACAAAUGUCACGAAUCUCUCAGUGCUGUGUUGUUAUAUUUAUUUAUUGAAAUGAUGGGACCGGAUGGCAUCCCAUGUUUGUUGAUGUAAAACAUUAAAAAAAAAACUGUUAUUCAUGUUGUUGCCAGUUUUCUGGUAUUGUUGUAAGGGUUAACUGGACUGGGGACAGUUAGUGGCGGCCGAGCUUGCUCGGUACUGGUAUUCCCAUUUCAUAGUAUUUUGUAAUGUUUACAUUACACAACAUAUAGAAAUGUACAUUAAAAGGUAGUUUAGAUGUUUUAUGUUUUAUUGUCGUUUUAUCAGCAGUCAGAUAUCAUAAUUUUGUCUUUUCCUUUAGUACAUGUGUGUACUGAAACUCGGUUACUGUCCGAAAUCAAACUUAUUUUCAAUAUUUAAGUAAAUAAGGAUCUACCUGAAACAUUGCCUUAACCUCAAGCUAUAAAUAAAGGUUAUUUGACCUGGCCAGUAUGGUACAUUUAAAUAUAUGUUUGGGGACGUCAAGUUUUCUCACUGACACUGAAAACAUCUUUUCAUACUAGUGUGUCCUUUAGUGUUUUACAAUUUGUAAGAUAUGUUUCAUGUGUGUGUUGUUUACACAGAGUUCUAACCUAUCUGUAUAAGGUGCACAUGUUUUCUAGUAAAUAUACAGGACUGUUUAAGUCACACAUUUUCUAGAAAUACACAGGACUGAGUUUGGGUAUCUUUUCAUUAUCAAAAUUAAAAAAAACAUCAGUCUCAAUAAUUUUCAUUCCAGAUUACAACAAAAAAUAAUUUGGUAUUAAUUUUUCAUAUCACAUAUCAAUAUUAUCAUAUCUUGAUUCAUUUGCAUUCCUUAAUAAAUACUCAUGGAAAAUCCUGUUCUUAAAUAACGUUUGUAUAUUGAAUGUAAUAAACUUGCCAAGAAUUGCAAUACUAUAUAUUUUUGUACACGAAACAUUGCCGCUACUGAUCUCGUAUAAAAUACACAUCACUUUGGUGUCAUACCAACGGCCUUGUCUCACCGAUCAACAGUAUUGUAAACGUGAUAGUGAUCUUUUGUUUAGGGCGUCUACAGUGUUUCUUUUUUUAGUUUUUACAGUUUUACUUAAUAUUUCUUUUUUAAUAUUUUAUGUUCAUAUUGAUUAAAGAUCAAUAAAAUGUGAAUCAAAAUAUUUCUACUAGUCAAUCAUCUGCUUGUUUUAUUCUGCUUCAUCAACAUUUUCAUUAUACAUUUAUAACAGGUGCAAUGCAAUUAAAUAAAAAGCUGUGUAAAAAUCAUUAAAAUAUGUAAGCUUUUGUAGUACUUCGUUAAUAAGUACUUUACAUACCAUAUUUAUCUGGCAAUAAGCCCAUGUCAUGUAACCAGCACAUCCAAAUCUAUUGCAGUUCAGUAGAAAUGCUAAUAAUUGCUAUUUCAUUGUCCUGUUAUAAGCCCACAACCUACUUUGAGUAUGUGUUGCCCCCUGGGCUAAUUGCAGGAUAUAUAUGGUAAAAGUAUAAAGUUCAUGAUGUAUUUGUGUAGAAGUUCUGUACUCAUUAGUGCAAUUCAUCUAGAUUAUCUUCACAUUCAAAAGGAAUGUUAUCAUAUCAGUUAUCAAAUGUACCACAAUCAAAUAAAUGGUCGAUUAUCAGAACAUUGUCCUAGUAGUAUAGAAGUCUUGUGUGAGUGGCUUAUAUCUGCAAGUGUUGUGGAAUAUAGCCAGGCUGGUUUGCGUUUCUAUUUUUAUUAUGACUUUAGUCAUAAAGGGACUUUUAAUAAAUCAGUAUAUAUGGUUUGUAAUUUUAAAAUUGAACAAAUGUAAAAUGAUUAUUGAAUAAUCUUUCAAAAGUAUUUAAAUUGUGUCACUGAUCUGAAUCGUCAACGAAAGCUGGAUUUUUUUAAUUUAUAAAUGUUUUCUACAAGUUAAUAUCGGAAUUUCCUAAAUCAAUACUUUGCCGGUUUUCUAUUUAUUGAUGGACUCUACUCAAAAUCCAUUAUAAGAAUAUAAAAACAAUUUGCCUGUUCCAACUUCAAUUUUUUUUAUAUUAGGUUGGGUAUGAAACUAUUAAGAAGUAGAUAUACUGGCUAUAUAUUUGUCAAUUGGCACUUGAAACCCAGUAGCGAACAAACAUAGCUUAAGAGUUAUAUGAUUACAUACAUAUCAUUAAGAUAUUCAGGUGGAAAAAGUUUUCCUUUUGAAACGAUGUUAAAACUUUUCAUGUAUGUGAAUGCUUUUUCAAAUGUGGAGGAAAUGUAAAAGAGUUUGACAAUACCAGUGCUUUUUAGUGCAGGUGUACUUAACUAUUAUCAAGGUCAACUUGUUUUUAGUGCCAGUAAAAGAGGAGGGUGCUUAUUACAGCAAAUAAUAUUUAUUGACAUCAAAGUUGUAUUAUAAUGUCCUGAAUUUUCUUCUCCACCUAAAUGAAUACUGUCCUAAAAAAUGCAUAUUAAAUAAUCACAGACCAUCUACUAGAAUAUAUUUUAUUCUGCAUCUCUAUAUUUUUAGGUAAGGUUUUGAAAAAUACGAUUUGCUUGAAGGAUGUUUUUUAUUGAAGAAAAAACUUCAAAUGUAUAUUUUAACUCUUUUUGAUAUUCUUCAUUCAAUGUUAAAAUAUCAGUUCAUUUCAAUAUCCUGACACUUCAGUUUUUGUAUGUUAAGAUGGAAAUACAACAUAGAAUUUGAUCAGUGAAGGAAUCAGUAAAGGAAAUUUCAGAUUAAAAAUUAAAAUGAAUUUCCUAUUAAUCAAGAAUUAAAGGAUUGUGGGUUCAGUAUAGCAAUAGAAAGUGAAAUGCAUGCAGUAUGAUUAUUUUUGUUUUAUUUGUUGUUUUCUUAGCUUGUUAUUCUUACUAUUGAACAAGGUUGUACGAACUUUUAUUUAAAAGUGUGUAAUUAAAUAAAAGGAAUAUUUUUGAUGAAAAUGUUAUAUUAAUAAUAAUGCAUGUUUCGUUUAUUAUUGAGUAGAAGUCCAACCUCUCUUUUUCUGUUGUCCGUCUACAGAAACCAGCACCAAGUAAUUAACUCAAGUACCCAUAUAUAUUUUUCAAUGCCAGAUAGGACUUGGGUAAUCUUGAUGAAAGCAGAUUUUGUAGCAUAGCAUGUACAUACAUCCUGUAAUGAUUUAAAAUCAGGAUGUGAAUCUUGCAAACAGGGGCCAUAUAGUUAGCAUAGACAAUCGCAUACAUACUUUACAACAGUUUAUGAGGGGAUCGGAUAAAUCAUGGUUUUUCAUAGACCCUCAUUUUUGUUACACUGCCUAUGAACCGAGAGAUCUAAUUUUGUCAUGUUUUUUGUGUGAAAUAUAGGAAUUAAAGAGAUAUCCAUGAAAAAUUACAAAAUUUAGAGCAUUAGUAAUCUACAUCUACAAAACGUACAAAAUUGUACUUGGGUUAAAAAUUUGAAUUUGUACAAAAAGGGAUUAAAUUAUCAUAAAGUUACAAACAAAUUGUUUUUCUUGUCCGGUCAGCAUGGGACUUUUGAAAUACAUACAGGACAAUCUUGGAGAGCGUCUCGUGGAUUCUAAUUUCCUUGGCAAUUUUUGUAUGAAUAAUGUAUCAAAUGCAGAGAUCCCAGUCAAAAUAUGUUCACAAGUGUGGCUGGAUGUAGCAAGAUUAUCAAUUUGAGCAAAGAACUUAAUUAUAUCAAAAGAAUUAUUUAGAAUGAAUUAAGUUUCGAUUCCUAAUGGUAUAAAUUGUUUAUAUUUUUGUGGUUGAAACCUGUUUUCAUUCAUAGUUGAAUUACAUUGUGUUACUAUAAUAGUCUUAUAUAAAACCCUUCCUUUGAUAGUGUGUAAAUAUAUUGAGAAGGUGUAGUUUUGAAAAUGCAUGAAUUGGUGUGUCAAAGAUCAUGUUUAUAUUAUUGAUCGGUGUGGCCAAUGGGAAUGAAUAAUUUAUUUUUGUAUGAAGGUAAGAAGACAAUUGGUGUAUACAGGUGUAUUGUGGAAUGCUGCUGAACAUUGUAUAAUUGCUGAUGGUUGAUAUAAGCAAAUUGCUAACUACAAAUUGCUCAUUGCAUUCAGUAGGAUGAAGGGGAGACAGAAAGCUUGGGACGCAUUCGCGUAUCCUGGUUGAAUUAUAUAACGUUCCUUAAAAUACGCAAGUGUAUUGACCUUGUUUUAUGAAGAAAUAAUGCAAACUAGUGACAGCCAACAUUUAAUUUUCGUUCAGGCACGUCUGGACCGCUCAAUAUACAUGUGCCAAAUAUUCCUGAGAUCAGCCUCAGUUCAGAUCUUAGCCUUUCAUUUUCUUUCAUGUUCGACCGUUUCAACUGGAUAUGCGAUAGGGGCCUAGCUAAAGGUUUUGUAAGAUGUUUUUUUAGUUCACAUCCAGUGAUUUUCUCUUGUUUGAUAACACUGCUAUGUCCUUGACAGUUUCUCUCGAGUAGCAGUGUGCUGUUUCUCUGUGGAGAUCCAUGUUCCUUAUUGAACCUUAUUGCAAGUUUUAAUGCAAUUUCCUUCCCUGUUAGUACCGAGGUCAUUUGGAGAUGAUAUAGUGGUGCUUUAUAUAGAAUAAAUAUUUGUAACAGAUUGAAAAAAAA